AUGGCGGUGCUGCUGCGGCUUUUGCUGGCCAUUUGCUGGCCUGUUGCCCUCGGAAAUGUGAAGCUGGGAAAGCACAUCGUGAAAUACACCGAGGAGAAGUUGAACUAUGUCUUGAGCCAAGCGGAUCGCCCUCCGAUCUUCUUGGAGAUCUUUUCGCCCACCUGCCCCGCCUGCCAAGCCAUUGCGCCCCGGAUGAACGCCGCGGCGUCGCGCUUGCGGGCAGAGACGGAGAUCAAGGUGGUAGCGCUCGAUGGGACACAGGCGGAGCAGACCAUGCAGAAGCUUGGGGCCAAGGAGUUUCCGGCGCUUUUCUUCCUGGGCGCCAACCACACGGCUCGCUUGGACCUCCAGCGCGCCGACACGGCCGCCGCCAUCGUCCACUGGGCCACGCGCCUGGCGGCGCCGGCGGUGCGGCAGGUCGCGGCGGCGGAGCUGCCACCGUGCACGGGGGCGCCACAGCUGGUAUUGCGGGCACCGUCCAUGGUGCCAGCCUUCCAAAGCAUUGCAGAGGAGCACAAGCUACACUUCGAGGCCUUCUGGAUCACCACCGGCGGCCCAGCGACGGCGGCCAUCCGCCAUGCCCAUCAAGCGGACGCGACCUUUACAUGGAGUGAUCUCACAGCCGAUACACUGGACGAGGAGGGUGAGCGCUUUGAGCAACUGGUGAAGGAGAGUCUUCUCCCAGCUGUGAUCAUGGUCGACGAACCCAAGAAGGCUAUGAAAAUGAUUGAGAGUCAGCAAGAUGCAGUUCUCCUUUGGCUCGUGCUGAACGGGACCUCGAGCGAGGCUUGCGACCAGAGUUGCAGUGCUGGCGGCGAAACUGGCCAGGCUCUCGAAACCCAUGUGGCGCCCUGGCGCGCCGUGUUGGACGAAGGAGUGCGCUUGUACCGAGUGUCUGAGCUGAAGAACAUCGAAGAGCAGCUGCCUAGUGCUGGCAGUGGAUUUGGCCCGUUUCCCCACCUUUGUGGAGCAGGAACUGUAUGCCUGGUCAGCCCCGACCUUGGUGGCCCAACGCUUCCGACAUGGGCCCAGGUACUUGUUUUCAGAGAAUGGAACACUCCCAGACACGGGGAGAGACCUGGCGGACUGGCUGGGCAGCCUGAUGAGGAGGAGAGGGCCCCAAGCAGCUCUCGGAAAAACCGGUGUCCGAAACGUCCCAGAAGCUCUGGCAAAAGGUGGUGA